AACAAAACAAAAAACAACAACAACAAUUAAAAAUAUCAAAAGUUCAACAGCAGGAACAAAGCAGCAACAGCAACAUAUCCACCCCCCAAUCGAACAAACAACCAAACAAUACAAUACCAAAAACAAAUAGUGUUAAAGAAAGAAAAAAUAAUAAAGAUAUAUAUAUAUACAUAUAUACAAUAUUUCAAGACAAACAAGGAAAACGCAACACAGUUCCAGCUUAAAAUAUGAAGCAAACACGUAAGGUUGCUCCCGAUGGCGGUUGGGGCUGGGUGGCCUGCUUCGGCGUCAGCUUAGUUAAUUUGGCCACCCGCUCAAUCGAGCCCUCUUUCGGUCUGCUUUUCGGCGAUUUACUACGCGAUCUCGAAGUCGGCACCACCGGCGCUGCCAUUAUAAUGAGCACACUCGAUGUGUGCAUGAAUUUCUCAGGUCUCUUCGUCGGUCCACUCUUGAAGGAGUUCUCCUACCGCAAAGUGGCUAUCGCCGGCUCACUGCUCUGUGGCAUUGGUUUGGCGGCCACCUCACCCGCAGCCAGCAUGGCACACAUACUCAGUACGUACAGUGUGAUUAACGGUAUUGGUGUCGGUCUGUCAACGUCAGCUGCUUUUGUCGCGCUCAAUCACUACUUCAAGUAUAAACGUGGUCAAGCUGUGGGUCUCUCUAUGGCCGGCACUGCGUUAGGUAUGCUGAUCAUGCCACAGUUGGUACGCAUGUUACUCGAAGCUUUUGGUUUUCGUGGCGCUGUGUUGAUGUUGGCCGGCAUCGCGUUGAAUUCGACAGUUGGUGCUGUGCUCUUACAACCCGCCAAAUGGCAUAUGAUCGAUGAGGUGAUUGAUGAGGAACUGAUGACAGUGCCAGUGUCACCGCCUACGCCGGAUGUGAAGGUCAUACGUGAGGAUGCCGCGGAAGAAGAUUCGCUGCCCGAAUUGAAUACUCUACUCUUUCCCAAACAGCAAUAUAUGCGUAAGAAUUACUCAGAAAUGGCGAUGAAUACGAUGAACGGUACCCGUGUGGGUAUGCCUAAGCGUCCCACCUUCCCGCGCAUCAUGUCACUAGCUGGUGUGCAAUCGGCGGUUAAUAACAGCCAGUCACAUGGCGAUGUAAAUGCGACAUUGCGUAACCGCAAACAUUCAGUCACGUCAAAUCUUUCCUACAUGGACUUCACCGGUUCCAUAUUGCAAGUGCAUAUGAAUGUGGGUGACGAAGAGUUCGAACGUAAUGAUCGUGAGCUGAAGCGUGUCAACACCGCGGCGAGCGGCAUGGCGAAUGCACAUCGUGACUCUUUUAUAAAAAUGCGGCCAACAGAGACUGAAAAGAAUGAAGAAUUAGCAGCGAAGGAGGCGGAGAAGAAACCAGGUUUCUGGCGUCGUUUCGCAGAUCUCAUGGAUGUGGACUUAUUACGUGAUAAAAAAUUUUUAAAUAUACUUUUCGGUUUGUCGAUCUUCUAUGUGGGCGAGAUGAAUUUCAAAAUGGUCACACCAUUCUUUUUCGCCAAUCUGGGCUACAAUAAGACAGAUGUAGCUUUCUGUUUGUCGAUAACAGCAAUUACAGAUAUUGCAGCCCGUAUAAUACUCCCGCCUAUCUUCGAUCGUACAACCAUCAAGAAGCGUACGGUGUUCCUAGUAUCGAUCAUCUUUGUGGGCAUAACGCGUUCGAUAAUGGCUGAACAAACCGAAUGGACUUCAUUAAUGGUUUGGCUAUCCAUUUGCGGUUUCUUCCGUGGCUCUGCAUUGGCGAACUUCACACUCACCGUUUCCGAAUAUUGUUCGCUGGAGAAAUUACCCUCUGCCUUCGGUUGGCAUUUGGUUGGCAAAGCCGUAUUUGUCAUCUGUCUGGGGCCGCUGAUCGGUCUGAUUCGUGACGUCACCACCAGUUAUCCCAUCUGCAUACACGCACAAACAGUUUGCAUAUUUCUUUGUGUAAUCGCCUGGGCGAUCGAGUAUUUGAUCACAUAUUUGAAAGAGAAAAAAUCGAAUGGGGGCAUCAAUGCCACAAUCGGACCCGAGACCAACAUCAAACACUAACACGUGCUGAAUUUCGUGAGAAAGGGAUAUUUUUAUAAAAAAAUUUUCGUGAAACUUACACUAUGAUAUACACACACACAUAUAUAUACUUAUACAUUUAAG